AUGAGGGAGCUGCUUUUUCUGUGUCUCUCGCUGGCGGCUGCGGACUUCGAGAGCUGGUCCCUGGUGCUGCUGAAGGACGCUGCGCAGCAGGGCGCCGUGUGCCUGGACGGCUCGCCCUCAGGCGCCGGGUGCGCGGGCGCGCGCGCGAUACUUUUUCGAGCCCGGCUGGGGCAGUGGCGCGGACGAGUGGAUCAUUCACUUCCAGGGCGGUGGCUGGUGCAGCUGGUGAACCCAGACUUCUACAACUGGAACAAGGUCUUCGCCGUGUACUGCGAUGGGGGCAGCCGGAAUUCUAACGUGGAAGGACCGGUGGCCGUGGGCAACCGCUCGGUGUACUUCCGCGGGCAUCACAUUUUGUUGGCGACGCUGGAGAGCCUUUUGGCCAAGGGCGUGAGCCAAGCCAAGCGCUUCGUGGUGGGCGGAUGCUCGGCUGGUGGCUUGACCGUGUGGCUGCACUUGGACUUCAUCCGGAGCCUGGUGCCCUCGUGGGUUCAGGUUCUGGGUGUGCCGCAGUGCGGCUUCUUUAUGGAUCAGCCGAACUACAAGGGCCAGGAGUUCUACACGCCUUUGUACAAAUGGGUCUUCGAGACCAUGGGCAUGAUCAAGUCGCCUUCUUUGCACGAAGCCUGCCUGACCAAAUACGCAGAAGAUCCUUGGAAGUGCUUCAUGGCUCAGUACUUCCUGCCCUUUGUGCAGACGCCCUUCUUUGCGGUGAACUCCUUCUACGACUCGUGGCAGUUGCAGGAGAUACUGCAGCUACCGGAGGACUGCUACAUCUCGCAGAACUGCACUCAGCAGCAGCGCGCUGCUAUGCACCGCAUGCGCGACAACCUGGUGGGAAAUUUGUCGACCGCCCCUGUCACCCAGUCCUUCUUCCUCUACAGCUGCGUGAGCCACUGCCAAUUCCUCAACGUGGACCAGGGCUUUACCAAUCUCUCCGUGGGCGACCGCACUCUGCGGGGCGCCUUGAGCGCUUGGCUGCACGGCGCAGCCCCUUUCCGGGGAGUGGAGGCGAAAGACGUGGAGCCCAACGGCAACCCCACCUGCUGGCCGAAGAAGCCAAAGAGCGAGGAGCGGCCGAUUACCAUCUGA